AGAAGCUGUGUGGGUGAGGGGUGGCAGAGCAGAUCCUGGGGACAGCGGAGGAGAGGAGCAAGCCAGUCUCUCCUAGGAGGGCGUGGAUACCGGUGCAAGCUCGAACAGGUCCAGCCUUCUGGAGACCUGUGCCAACAGCAGGAGGGGACAGACGGAAUCUCUGUGGGCAGACCGGAGUGUGGAACAGCAGAGAGCGUCCAACUAGAAACUCCCCUGGAUCCACCCAGAGGCUCUGGACCUUGUUGGUCCCCUUUGCCUCUGUGAGCCCGCUUAAGGAGAAGUUUUCCCAAGGGAAGGUACCCGACAGACCGGGCGUCAGAGGAGGCUCAGGUUAUGAGAAUGAUCUUGUCGUGAAACUCCAGGCAGAUUGUAGUGGAACUGAAUUUACUGGUUUUGCACGUUUUCCUUGCUCUGGAUUGGGAAGUACUAGAUCAUUAAGUUUUUCAGUCUUUGUGUGUGGCCUCCUUUCUGAAGAGUGAUGGAGAUGCUGUUACAUGGAAGAGGACUGAUCCUGAGUCUAAUUUUCCUCCUGUUAAAGUUGUCAAGAGCUGAAAUACCACUCUCAGUUCAACAGGUACCAACAAUCAUAAAGCAGUCAUAUGUGCAAGUUGCCUUUCCCUUUGAUGAGUAUUUUCAAAUUGAAUGUGAAGCUAAAGGAAACCCAGAACCAAAAUUUUCAUGGACUAAGGAUGACAAGCAUUUUGAUCUUUCUGACCCUCGGAUAAUUGUAUCUAACAAUUCAGGCACAUUCAAGAUCCCAAAUGAGGGACACAUCUCUCAUUUUCAAGGGAAAUACCGCUGUUUUGCAUCUAAUAGACUAGGAACUGCAGUAUCAGAAGAAAUAGAAUUCAUAGUUCCAGGUGUUCCAAAAUUUCCCAAAGAAAAAAUUGAACCCAUGGAUGUGGAAGAAGGGGAUUCCAUUGUCCUACCCUGUAACCCUCCCAAAGGCCUCCCACCUUUGCACAUCUAUUGGAUGAAUAUUGAGUUGGAACACAUUGAACAAGAUGAAAGAGUAUACAUGAGCCAAAAGGGAGAUCUGUAUUUUGCAAACGUGGAAGAAAAAGACAGUCGAAAUGAUUACUGUUGCUUUGCUGCAUUUCCAAAAUUAAGGACGAUUGUACAAAAAAUGCCAAUGAAACUAACUGUGAACAGUUUAAAGCAUGCUAAUGAUUCAAGUUCAUCCACAGAAAUUAGUCCCAAGGCAAAUUCAAUCAAACAAAGGAAACCCAAACUUCUGUUGCCUCCUGCUCAGAGAGGCAGUUCAUCCACAAUGAUUGUCCUCAAAGGGGAUACCCUGUUGCUUGAGUGUUUUGCAGAAGGCCUACCAACUCCACAGGUUGAGUGGAGCAAACUGGGUAGCGAAUUACCAAAGGGAAGAGAAACAAAAGAAAAUUAUGGGAAGACUUUGAAGAUAGAAAACAUCUCCUACCACGACAAAGGAAAUUAUCGCUGUAUAGCUAACAACUUCUUGGGGAAAGCCAGUCAUGAUUUUCAUAUCAUAGUACAAGAGCCUCCACGCUGGAAAAAGAAACCUCAGAGUGCAGUGUACAGCACAGGAAGCAGUGGUAUCUUGUUGUGUGAAGCGGAAGGAGAACCUCAACCCACGAUCAAAUGGAGAGUCAAUGGCUUCCCAAUUGAAAAUCAUCCAUUUCCUGGUGAUGUUAUGUUCCCCAGGGAAAUCAGUUUUACAAAUCUACAACCAAAUCAUACUGCUGUCUAUCAGUGUGAAGCCUCAAAUAUCCAUGGAACCAUACUUGCCAGUGCCAAUAUUGAUGUUGUAGAUGUUGUCCCACUGAUUCAAACUAAGAAUGACGAAAAUUAUGCUACGGUGAUUGGGUAUAGUGCUUUUUUACAUUGCGAGUACUUUGCUUCACCCAAGGCCACAGUGAUCUGGGAAGUGGCUGAUGAAACACAUCCCCUUGAAGGUAGUCGGUACCAUACCCACGAAAAUGGCACUCUGGAGAUCUACAGAACCACUGAGGAAGAUGCAGGAUCCUACUCUUGCUGGGUAGAAAACGCAAUAGGAAAAGCCGUCAUCACAGCCAGUUUGGAUAUUAGAAAUGCCACAAAGCUCAAAGUUUUUCCGAAGAACCCUCGCAUCCCGAAAUCCCACGCACUUGAACUACACUGCGAAAGCCAAUGCGACUCCCAUUUGAAACACAGUUUGAAGCUGUCCUGGAGUAAAGAUGGGGAGCCUUUUGAAAUUAAUGGCACAGAAGACGGCAGAAUAUUGAUUGAUGGAGCUAAUCUGACCAUAUCCAACAUCUCAGUAGAAGAUCAGGGUAUUUAUUCCUGUUCUGCUCAAACUGCUCUUGAUAGCGUUUCUGAGAAAACUCAUGUAACCGUACUUGGUGUUCCAGAUCCUCCAGGAAACCUUCUCUUGUCAGAAAGACAGAACCGGAGUGUCCGACUGUCCUGGGAAGCUGGAGAUGACCACAACAGCAAUAUCAGUGAGUACAUUAUAGAAUUUGAAGGGAACAGAGAGGAACCUGGGAAGUGGCAGGAGCUAACUCGAGUCCAAGGAGAAGAAACAGAGGCUGUAUUAUCUUUGGCUCCAUAUGUAAGAUAUCAGUUCAGGGUCACAGCUGUGAAUGAAGUGGGGAGAAGUCACCCCAGCCAGCCAUCGGACCAUCAUGAAACUCCACCAGCAGCUCCAGAUAAGAAUCCACAGAACAUCAGGGUUCAAGCAUCCCAACCCAAGGAGAUGAUUAUAAAAUGGGAGCCUUUGAAAUCCAUGGAGCAGAAUGGGCCAGGACUAGAGUAUAGAGUGAGCUGGAAGCCCCAGGGAGCGCCUGAGGAAUGGGAAGAAGAAACAGUUACAAACCACACACUUCGUGUAAUGACACCUACUGUCUAUGCUCCUUAUGAUGUCCAAGUUCAAGCCAUCAAUCAACUCGGCUCUGGACCUGAGCCUCAGCCAGUGACACUCUAUUCAGGGGAAGACUAUCCUAGUACAGCUCCUGUGAUCCAUGGUGUUGAUGUUAUGAACAGCACAUUAGUUAAAGUGACCUGGUCAUCAAUUCCAAAGGAAACAGUACAUGGGCUUCUGAGAGGAUACCAGAUAAAUUGGUGGAAAACCAAAAGUCUGCUGGAUGGAAGGACACAUCCCAAAGAAGUGAACAUCCUAAGAUUCUCAGGACAGCGAAACUCUGGAAUGGUUCCAUCCCUAGAUGCCUUUAGUGAAUAUCACUUAACAGUCUUAGCUUACAAUUCCAAAGGAGCUGGUCCAGAGAGUGAGCCCUAUAUAUUUCAGACCCCAGAAGGAGUACCUGAACAGCCAAGUUUUCUCAAGGUCAUCAAAGUUGAUAGAGACACUGCCACUUUAUCCUGGGGACUUCCUAAGAAACUAAAUGGAAAUUUAACUGGUUACCUUUUACAAUACCAGAUAAUAAACGACACCUACGAGAUUGGAGAAUUAAAUGAAAUCAAUGUUACUACUCCAUCUAAAUCUAGCUGGCGUCUCUCAAACCUCAAUGCAACAACCAAAUACAAGUUCUACUUGAAGGCAUGCACCUCAAAAGGCUGUGGGAAGCCAAUAAGUGAGGAAAGUGCCACACUGGGAGAAGGGAGUAAAGGUAUCAGGAAGAUAACAGAAGGAGUAAAUCUUACCCAAAAGAUUCACCCUGUAGAGGUACUUGUGCCGGGAGCGGAACAUAUUGUUCACCUCAUGACUAAGAACUGGGGUGAUAACGAUAGCAUUUUUCAAGAUGUAAUUGAGACAAGAGGGAGAGAAUAUGCCGGCUUAUAUGAUGACAUCUCCACUCAAGGCUGGUUUAUUGGACUGAUGUGUGCAAUCGCUCUUCUCACACUGAUACUAUUAACUAUUUGCUUUGUGAAGAGGAACAAGGGUGGAAAGUAUUCAGUAAAAGAGAAGGAAGAUUUACACCCAGAUCCAGAAGUUCAGUCAGCAAAAGAUGAGACUUUUGGUGAAUACAGUGACAGUGAUGAAAAACCUCUCAAAGGGAGCCUUCGGUCCUUGAAUAGGAACAUGCAGCCCACAGAGAGUGCUGACAGCUUAGUGGAGUACGGAGAGGGAGACCACUCCAUAUUCAAUGAAGAUGGAUCUUUUAUUGGCGCCUACACCGGAGCUAAGGAGAAAGGGUCUGUUGAAAGCAACGGAAGUUCGACCGCCACGUUCCCACUCCGGGCCUAGACACAGCACACGCACCACCACUGGCUAACACACUCCUCCCCAGUCUCUUCCGGGGAGCAAAAUCUUUUACAGAGGAGUGGAAACACGUGUCCGGAGGCUGACAUUCUGACAUUCUGCAAUUUUGCUGAGAAAAAUAGCCCUGCCUUCAAAAAGAAAAAAAAAAAAAAGUCAGAUGCCAAACACUUCAGGCCUGUGUUUCGUUUAUGGUUUUGGUUUCGGGUGCUCAAAAUGCAGAACACAAAACAAAUCCUGUACUUAGAUCCACUUUGACUGAAUCCAAAGUUCCUCUUUUGCAUAUUCCAGGUCUGCCUGGUUCUCCUGUUCAGUGUGUGUGCAUUAAUGUUGCUAACUGUGUGGGUUUCUCUGGAUACACAGUUGUAUUUAGUUUUUAAGAACUGUUUUAGUGACUUUGAUUCACUACAGGUUAAAAGAUUGUAAGCAAGUAAGCAGGUUAUUUAAAAUGUAAAAAGGAAUAUGAAUGUCUUAUUAAACACUUCAUGGAAUCUAUACAGUCUGAAGUUAUUAUUUAAAAUUUAGUAGUAAAGGUCUUAGAUGAUCAUGCAACUUGUAUUUAUUGAGCUCCUAACUAUUUGCCCAGAGGCUACCAUUUUUAUGCAGAGUUACAAUGUUUUCAAUUUCUGAAUGAUUGUCUUCAAUUUCCAUCGGUGUGGUAACUCUGUAUCUAUCUAUCUAUCUAUCUAUCAAUCAUCUAUCUAAUUUUCUUCCUUACUUUCUUCCUUCCUUUCUUUCUUUUUUCCUUCCUUUCUUCCUUUCUUUUUUUAUUUUUUAACUUGAACUAACUGGAGCUGCAGAAGAUCAGAGGUUAUUUUAAAAAGAGAAAGAAGAUGUUGAUGAUUGUAUUUUGUAUCUUCAUUUGUAUGUUCACAGCAUUCAGCCUUUAUGUUUAUAGACUGGUUCCCUUGGAUAUGUUUUAUGAAUGCCUUGUACAUAUUAUAUUAAUAUUUACACAUAGUGUUUUAUUUUGAAGUGAGAAAGAGAACAUUAAUAAGCAUGAUUGUACAGCUAAAGUGUAUAUAGUAGGAUGCUGUUUUCAUCCUUCAGGGGCUAACCCAGCAUUCCAGAUUCAAGAUUACAUGAAUAAUUGGAUUCUAUUCUUAUAUUUCUCUCCUUCACAUGCUCUCAAAAUAAAAUAGCCUAUAACGAUAGAGGGAAAUACAUUCAUAUUGUUCAAAAUAAGUUUUGGAGUGGAUUCCUGCCCCAGUCUCCAGCAAAUAAAAUUAUUUACAGUAGAAAAUCUUAUGUACCUGUUAGUUUAUAUCAUAUUGUAAAUGUAUCUGUGGUGGUGUCAUCAUUUUUAAUGUUUUCAUUUUGUCAUAGUUAGUACAGGGUCAGGGAAUUUAGUUUCCGUCAUGUGGGCUACCAGUCCAUCUAAAAUGGUACGGAAGUUUUAGAGUGUUUUAGAAAUACCUUGAAGAACUCUGCGCACAUAUAAGUAAAUAAUGGAUGCUAACACUCUCGUGUAAUGGAAACUUUUAACCUCACCAUGAAAUUAUUAACUGUGUUGUGAUACAGUUCAGAGAUUUAACUUUACUUUGUGUAAUUACUGGCAUAUCCUUACUGUUUAGUCUUCAUGUUUAAUUGAUAUGAUGUGCUAUGUUGCUUUGGGGUUAAAAUCAUGGAUAGGAAAAUGACCAAUGCAGUAAUGUACACAAAACAUACUUUUUUAAUCUCAUGUCUCUUCUAGAAUGCAUAGGUAGGAAAAACCUGUUUUCUCAAAAUCAUGGAUCUCAAUGUUUAGCUACUUUCCUGGAAAUAGUAAAAGAAAGGGGGCAGAUAUCUUUAUUCUCUACCUGCAUGAGUGUGUAAGGAUCUACACAUCCACUGUGUGAACUGAUCCCCAGCGCCAUCUGAUGACUAAGGCACAGAUUGCUGGAGGAGCCUCUGUUGUGUGCCAUUUUAGGUGGGGGGCUGUGGAACUGAGCUGCACAGAAAAUUAAUUACGCUGUUAUUCUGCCUCCUUCUCCUUAUCAUCAUUCAAAAUGUAGUUUGGAAAGGGUUGUAUGGGUUGAUAAUAAUAACCAACAAUGUAGAACUGUUUCAUUAAAAAUUUAAUAAUCUUUAAGUCUAAUGUUGGUGCAAAUACUUACAUUUUUAUUCCAAAUGACGGUUGAAGAAAAUGAGAUUGUGCUAUAACCCCUUUUGCUAGCUUCUGUGAACUUCUAAAUACUAUUUGGUUUCAUUCUGUUGUACAUCUUCCGUAGAGCAAGACAAGAUCCUUGGAGUCCUUUGAUUUUAAUUGUAGAAUUGGAUUAUUCAGUGUGCUCAAAUGAAAACACAUCCAGUAGGUUAAAGUGGAUUUAAUUCUUUUUUUCUCUUAAACAGUGAGUGUCAGACUCUGUGAUGUGCAAUGCUGAUUACCAUUGGGCAAUAAUUAUUUGGGAAAUCCUCCCCCCCCCCCCUGAGUUUUAAGGCAGCUGCUAAUAUAUACAACUUUGUUCUUAACUGGUUUUGCAGUAACUUUCUGUAGUCUACUGACAGUAUGAUUUUAAUGUAAGUGAUUGUAUAUAACCUCCAGGAUUGUGGAUGGGGAUAAGUUCAGAAAGAACUGUUUGAGGGUCAGGGAAAUCUGUGUUCUCUUCCAGGUUCCAGCACUGACUAUACAUAAAAACCUUAGGCAUAUUGCUGAACUGCUUUAACUUCAAACUGUGCUACAAAAGUGCUAAUGUUUGCUGUCACAGGGUGUUCUUUUGUACUAAGAAAACUUACGAAUGAUAAUCUAAGAUGCCUUUUAACUUCAUGACCCAACCUGUAAUCAAAUUAAGUAUCAAAAACUCACCCCCACAUACACCAACUCAAUUUUCCCCCUCUAAGCACAUAAAUAUAUUUUUAUAGAAAACAGAUCUACAGAAAAUAAACUAAAUCUUGCUGUUAAGUGUGGAGUACGAUUUGCAUAUGCCAUUGAAAAUUAAUAAUCGGAAGAAAACUAAGCAGGGUCUUUGCUAUACAAAAGUGUUUCCCACUCAUUUUUGCAUGCAUAUUUGUAAGAUGUGAAAUCAGUAGAUUUAUUCUCUUGGUAUAAAGGCAUCUGAUAUUUUAGAUGUACCCAUGUUUAUAGAAAACUGUAGAGCACAAUGGACUUAAUGCUAUUUUCUACUCAUGGAAGAGAUAGAGGACAAUAAGGAGAGAUGUCGGCUGCUUUUCUAAGUAUUUAAAACAUUUUUGCCAAUCGAAAACCUAAAUAUGUUUACAUGCCAUGAAGGCGUAAUUCUCGUAACAACUUUAAAUUGGUUGUAGUACUGGUUUGUGGUCUGUGGUAGUAGAUGUAUCCUAGUGUUCCUAUAGUGAGGUAAGUAGGGCUGGGCCAAAGCUACUUUGAUUUGUCUUCAACUGACUGCAUCGUCAAAGAGACAAAAAGUACAGAGGGCAGGCUCAUCUGGUUAGCUUUUCUGUUCUCACAUAGAUUAAUGUUCACAGUAGAUCUUUAUUCGCGUGCGUUUGUGUUGUAGAUGGUGUUUGUAUUAUGCUUAUGGAUAUUUGUGGUUCAAUACUAUUUUCAUUAAACAUGAAAUUCAGCUUUCAAAUAAAAGUUUGACUUCGUGUACUCUAAA